GCUCGGCCCCCCCCGGGCCCUCCCGCCCUGAAGAAGGAGCAGGAGAAGAGGAAGAAGAAGAACAGAAAGAAAAAGGAUUAUCCGAACGAGGACGUGAACGGGUUCGCCGCGUACCUGAGGCAGAGCUCGCGGGGCGGCGGGGUGGCCGAGGCGGAGAGCGCGGAGCUGGAGAGGGAGGUGGCCAGAGCCUUAAAGAAGGACAGGCGACGGGAGGACAGGAGGCUGAGGAGGCAAGAAAAGAAGAAAAAUGCCAUGGUGUGUUUCCACUGUAGAGAACCUGGCCACGGUGUUGCUGAUUGUCCUGCGGUACUUGAAAGUCAAGAUAUGGGUACGGGGAUCUGUUACCGGUGUGGAUCCACAGAACAUGACAUCAGCACCUGCAAAGCAAAAGUAGAUCCAGCUGCUGGAGCAUUUCCAUAUGCAAAAUGUUUCAUCUGUGGUGAGAUGGGGCAUCUGUCAAGGUCGUGUCCAGAUAAUCCCAAAGGGUUGUAUGCUGAAGGAGGUGGCUGCAAACUUUGUGGCUCUGUUGAGCACUUCAAAAAAGACUGUCCAGAAAAACAGAAUGCAGAUCAGGUUACGGUUGGGCGAUGGGCCACUGGAAUGAGCGCAGAUUAUGAAGAAAUUACAGAAACACCAAAGCUGGAAAAACCCAAAGUGAAAGUACCCAAAGUUGUCAGUUUUUGA